AUGAAGUCGAGUCUGAGUUCGGAGGACGUUGUCCGAGUCAGCGAAGACUUGUCCGAAUGCCGAAAUCGACUUGAGGCCGGCAUUCAGGAAAAUCGACGGAAUCGGCAAGUCAUUCAAGAUAUUAAUGACCAGCUUCAAAGAUUCCGACAAAGAGCUCAAACAGAUUCUGUCGAAUCUUUCAAUUCGCCCUAUAUUGCUCCUGAUCUAACCAUUGCAACUUCUGCUCAUAAUAUGUCGCUACCGUCAUUAACAAUUGACAUUCCGCUCAACACGACAGCUAGUAUGAAUUCUGCUAGAUAUGCCUACCGUAACCGACACAAGUCGUUCGCUGGACGAGAUCAAACUAGAUUCAGAUCAAUUAGUCCAAAUGGACGAAAUCGUUCGUCUCCUCGAUUAUCAACGCAUACAUUUGAAGUAGAUCAGUACACUGAAGACAACAUCGAGGAAUUGUUCAGUCGACUAAAGGAUGAGCUGUUCAAGAAUAACACUCUGGAAGAGGUCAAUGAAAUGCUGCGAGAAGAAAACGAUGCGGCGUUGGCGGCAAACGAGCACCUUCGUGUUGAUGCCACCAAUCUUUCUCGACAACUUCAACUUCUUCAACAGCAGCAGCAUCAAGAAUCAAUGAGAAUUCAGUCGGAGAAUACGCGUUAUCGAAAUCAAGUCGAAAAUCAACAUCGCAAAUUGCUGAGUUUGUGGAAAGAAUUUUCGGCGGUCAAACGACAGCUUCACGAAUUGCGAACAACGACGGCGAAUGAUCUGGACAGACAGAUGACGGAGUUCACGAGAUGUGCCGCGUUGAUGAGAAAGGCGAUCAGACACGCCGAACAAAAGAACCUCGAGCUGAAAGAGGAAAUGCGAAAGGAGAAAGAUGAUGUUCUCGACGAGACAUUGCGUCAGCUGAAUACGGUAACCGAGAACUAUAUGAAGGCUGAGGAAAAGGCGAACGAGCGUUUACGCGAUUUGAAAUUGAAAGACGACGAGCUGCGGAAGCUGAAAGAGCAAAACGACGAGUAUACCGAAAUAUUGGAGCAGCUCUCCAAAAUGACAUAUGAGAUGACGGCUGGAGGAGCGAAUCAAAAAGACCGAAGUCAGAGUCCAUCCGUUCGCUAUUUCUCUAAAGACAAUCCGAUGGAUGUUGCAAGAAAAGUUCGGAAAUUGUUGAACAACAAAAACGGGGAACUCGACGAGACGAAAGAAGCAGUACGAUUGGCCGAAAAGGAACGAGAUCGCGCUCGCAAGGAUCUGGAAAAGGAAGAAAAAAGACGAAAAGCCGAACAGGAAUCGGAACGAAAACGAUCGAGUGUGUAUUCGCAAAGAGAGCAAGACCUUAAGAAAUUGGAAGACGAAUUGAAGAAGGCACAGAACAAAAUCAAAAAUCUUGAAGAACAGAAAGAGUCACAGGAAAAGCUCGUCGCGUCUGUCCAGAAUUCGCUGUCAGAUGCCCAUCGCCAACACAAAGAAUUUAUCGAGGAGCUGAUGUUCAGACAUCGUGAUGAACUCAAAGAACGUGAAGAAUCUUAUGAAGAGCAGCUGAAAUCGAGAGCCGCUGAAGAGAAAGCUCGGAUCGAAAAGGAGAAAAUAGAUCGAGAACGGAUUCGGAAGGAACAGGAUGAAAUGCGUGAAGCUCAGAGAGCACUCAAAGCAAAUUUGGCGGCAAUUCAAACCGAAUUGGACGAUAAAAUACUGAAAAUCGAAGUACUUGAAGAUGAACGAAACGAGCUGAAAAAGGCAUUGCAAACUGAAAAAGAGCACAGCGAUCAGAGAGAACUCGAAAUUGGCGAAUGUCGCGCGAAAAUUGAUGAAAUGCAAGACAAAGAGGCGGAGCUUCGAAAACAAUUGGCUGAGGCUCAAGCAGCGAUCGGAGCCAUUGAAGGUGACACGAAACAGAACGAAGAGGAGAUGAUGGAAACGAAAAAUGAGAUUUCGAAUUUACAUGAACAGAUCGAAUCGUUGAACAAUGAAUUAGAGGCGAAGAAUUCGGAGAUCCAAGAGCUGAGAACGAGUAUUUCGGAGAAAGAAGUGGCAAUACAAACUGUGCGCAACAGUUCGCAGCAACUAUCGGUUACAUAUGAAGAGGUCAGCGGUGAGAAUGACGCAUUGAAAGCAGAACUCGCACGUCUACACGAACAGCUUAAAGAAAAAGCCAGACAGAUUUCGGAGGCAAAUCAGAAGAUCGACGAUGCUUUGAGGAAAUCAGAAGCACUAGCUGAUGAUUCAGCCGUGUGGCAAGAACGGAAUGAUCAAUUGAAGAAAGAUAUCGAAGAAAUGGAACGUCGAGCACACGCGAAACAGGACGAAGAAGCCGAAUUGCGAUCACUUUUGGACGAUCUUCGCGUUAAUUUCGACAAACUCACAAAUGAGUCGAAGAAAAAGGAUGUUAGCAUCGAUUCGCUGAAUGAUGAAGUGGCGAUGCUGAAAGAGCAAUUGAAGAAGUCUGAGCAAGAAAGAAAAGAUGAAAUUGCGAGAAUCGAAGAAUUGGAAAAGAAAACCGAAGAGGAGCUGAAAGAGGAGUUUGCUGGAAAACUGAAACUCAUUGAGAAGGAUAAGAGUAACGCGGAUCAAAAUAUCAAAGAACUGGAGAGUCGAUUCAAUGAAUUAAUGAAAGCUCACGAUUUGCUUAGAGAGGAGUAUGAUCAAGUUAAAAUGGAUAAUAUACAUUUGAUCGAUGAUUUGGAACGAAUGAAAGAGAAACUGAAACGAGAAAUGGAGAAGGCAAACGAGCAAAACGAUAAUGAUCGUGCUGAAUGGGAAAAAGAGCGAGCAAGACUUGAAAGUAGCCGGAAUGAAAUUGUUGCGGAACUCAAAGAGACCAUUGAACAUCUCGAAGAACAACUUCGUGAUAGAGAAGAAAAGGAGAAUAACCUUAAGAAAGAGCUGAAUGAUAUACAAGAACACGCUCGAAAUGUCGAAGAUCAACUGAGCAAGAAGGAAUCGACGCUCGAAGAGAAAGAUGAGGAUUGGAAGGCUGAGAAGAGAGCACUUGAAGAUGAGAAGGUGAAAUUGAUGGAGCAGAAAGAAGAAGCAAUGCUAGAAGCAACGAAGAAUGCGACGACUAUCGAUCAGCAAAACCGAAAAAUUGCGUUGCUCGAAACUGAAAUCAACAAACUCUCAACGAGUGUCAUCGAACGAGAUAGUGCAAUUCGUGCACUCGAAGAAAACACGAUGGAAAUGGUGGCGAAAAUCGAAGAAGUCGAGAAUCUCAAGGAGAAGCUCAAAGAUGAUUUGGCGGUGAAAGAAAAACUCAAUGAGGAUUUGAAAAAUGGAAAAGAAAGUGUUCAAGAAGCACUAAUUGAGGAAAAAAAGAAAAUUCAUGAACUUCAAGAUCAACUUCGUGAGGCGAAUAAAAUGGCACAUAGUAUCCGAAUGAAAAAUGUGAAUCUCGAAGAGAAAAAGAACGAAUUGGAACAAGCUAAUACAAUAUUGUCUAAUAAGGCUCGACAACUCGAAAUUCAAUUGAUGGACAAAACUACAAAAAGUGAAGUUUCAUCGGAUCUUCUCAGAAAAAUGGAGCAUGAUGCUCAAAAUAUGUUGAAACAAGCGCAAAGUGAACAAUCAAAGAUGAGUGAUCUCGAAAAGAUUCGCCAUGAAUUACAAGAAGAAAAUCGUCGACUUGCUUCCGAUUUAUCAACUGUGAAAGCGGCAUUCGAAGCAAAACGCGAGAGUAGUAAAUCUGCAAUCACCGACAUUCUAGUGCAAUAUCGAAAAGCUGAAGAAAAGGCGAAUGAAGGAGCUCUCGAAAUUCAGAAACUUAAGAGCGAACUUCAAACUUCAACGAUGAAAAUGGAAAGACUUGAGGAUAAAGCGAAAAAUGCUGAAAAUCGACUGAAAGAAGUUCAAAGAAAAUAUGAUGAUUUGCAAGCGAGAAUGACGAGUUUGCAAAGAUCGGCCGUCGAAUCCAUUCAAAAUCCAAUAAGUCAAAAUCAGACCAGAAAUAGAAGUCUUUAUGUUGACAUUCCACGGUCAGCAUCAAGUAUUGGAUUGAAUGACAGAUUCGGUGAUGAUGAAACACCUUUCCGACGAUCUCCUUCGGUUCGAUUUUCUGAUAGUAGUCAAAAUGUGCAACGAGCCAUCGAUUCGAUGGAUGUGAGCUCUUCGGUUGGCGUGACCCUUCGAAUUCUCAAAGAGCGCAUCGAGCAGCUGGAAGGAGACAAGGCAGAGCUGUUGGAAAAACUCGAAAAGUCGAAAGACGAUCUGCGAGAAAAAUCGGAGAAAUUGGCCGACAAGCAGAUGACAAUUGAUCGAAUUGAAAGAAGUUUGGUAGUUUUGACCGAAGAGAAAAUUUCGCUGGAACAACGAAUGACAAGUCAACGACAAAUGUAUUUGACGAAUGAGGAAUCGAGUAGAUCAAGAGAGCACGAAUUGAGAAGCAUGAAAGCAAAAAUAUCAAGUCUUGAACUCCAUCUUCGAGAAAAAGAAUCAAAGAUCAACCAAUUGAAGAAUGAGUUGAGCAUGGUGCAAACUCAACUGAACGAUGUGAUUGCAUCUAAGGAAAAAGUGACAACUUUGAUUGGGGGACAAGAGUCGAAGCAUCGCGAGCUCGAGGAACAAGUCGAAAGACUUAUUCGAGAGCGUGAGUCUGCUAAUAAUCGAAUCAGAAAGGUGACAGCAGAGAACGAGAACAUUUUGCGAAAGCUUGACCAGCUCGAGAGAGAACGCGAGCAGUUGAUGAGGGAAGUGACCGAGGAGCGCCGAAUUAAUGAGAAAAACCGAGUGCUGCUGGAUGAGCUUCGAACGAAUGAACGCAAUUGGAAAAACGCGGCAUCGUCAGCAAAACGAACCGCGGACGAAAUUGAGAGAAGUAUUCAAGAGCAGAAGAGAUGGGAAGAAACUCACAACGAAGUAUUGGCGCGGAAUACGGUUCUUUCAAAAGAAUGUGAUCGACUUCGGGGAGAGAUGAGAGAUCAAAUCAAUCGGAUGAAUGCACUCAAUCUAAAGUCGGUUGAUAGUGAGAGGAAAAACAGCGAACUUGCCUCGAAACUGCUAGUGCUUCAAAAUAAUGUUGACGCCCUCAAGAAAUUCGAGGAAGACUGGAAACGAUUGGAAGCUGAAAUGCGAGCUGAACUUAAAACACUUCGCAAAGAUAAAGUUGCGAACACUGCUGAAAUCGAGGAUUGGAAACGAAAAAGCCUUCGAACUGAAACGGAAAAGAAGGAAAUUGAGGGAAUUCGCGUACGAUUGGAACGAGAAAUCAGCGCGCUUAAACGCCAUGUCGAUGCUUUGGAAGAGGAAAAGAAUCGCACCGAAAAGGCGAUUCGCGAUAUGAUGAAUGAAAGAAGAGCAAUCGACAAAUCAUUAGCAGCAAUGGAACGAGAAAACCAACAAUUAUACCGGAAUUGCGCACAACUUCAAUCACAAAUUCAACAAAUCGAAAAAGAUGCUGGAAAUCGUGUGGUUUCGAAAUUGGCGAAAGAUCACACAUUGCUCAAAGCAAAGGUUGCUGUGUUAAUUGAAGAAAAACGCCAGCUGCAAUCCCUGUUGGAUCAGAAGGACGCGAAUUACUCGCAUAAACGGAAGCUGCUCGAAUCACAAAUCCAAUUGCUCCGCGAGCAACUCGAAUCGGAACGUCGCAAGCGUUCGAAAUCUCAAGUUGGUGCAGCUCGUCGAGCUGUUCAACAUUCAUCGGCAUUCCGGCAAACAGUCGAGCAUCGCUCGAUAUCAUGCGAACGAACAGUGUUUGAGCACAGGCAAACGAGUGUGAUAUUCAUCGAUCGAAAACCACCGCUACCACCGCAAGCGAUCCAACAGCAGCAGCAGUCGAAACAAACCCCACAAAUAUCCCCAAUGUCACAUUCCGAUUCAUAUACUUCGGGUACUCUUAUUUUUUAA